AAACUCCACGUAAUUAACAGGAAAAAUGGCAACGAGCUUUCAGUUUACAAUCAUUGGGUUUUGUUUAUUUUCUCUGUUGUGUUUCACCAUCACUUUUGCCUAUGUUAUACCAAGAUUUCCUUCUUCAAUGCUCCAUCCAGCGCUAGAUGUUAACUUGCUUUCUGCCCAAAAUGGGCUUUACACAGCAAAGUUCUUCACCCAAACACUCGAUCACUUCAAUUAUAAUCCCCAGAGCUAUCAGACUUUUCAACAAAGAUAUCUCAUCAAUGAUACCUAUUGGGGUGGUGCCAAGAACAAUGCUCCAAUCUUUGUCUACAUGGGAAAUGAAGGGGACAUAGAAUGGUUCGCACAAAACACAGGCUUCAUGUUCGAAACAGCACCUUAUUUCAAAGCCCUUUUGGUUUUUAUAGAGCAUAGAUACUAUGGAAAAUCAUUUCCAUUUGGGGGAAACGAGGAGGUUGCAGAUGCAAAUACCACUACAGUUGGAUAUAUGAGCUCCACACAGGCAUUGGCUGAUUAUGCCACUCUCAUCAUUGAUCUCAAGAAUAAUUUAUCAGCAACAGAUUCCCCUGUUGUUGUCGUUGGAGGAUCCUAUGGAGGAAUGCUGGCUGCAUGGUUUAGAAUGAAGUAUCCUCAUGUUGCCAUUGGAGCCUUGGCAUCCUCUGCUCCAAUCCUCCAAUUUCUGGAUUUGGUUUCACCCUAUACCUACACUGAUAUCAUCACUCAAGACUAUAAGAGCGAGAGUGAGAAUUGUUAUAAAGUGAUUAAAGGGUCUUGGAAACAAAUAGAGGACACAGCCCAAAAACCUGGAGGACUAGAACAACUACGGAAAUCGUUCAGAAUAUGCAAGCAUUAUAUAAGCGCAGGUGCUCUGGUAUAUUGGCUUCAAAUGGCUUUGGGUUCUGCGGCCAUGACAGAUUAUCCAACACCUUCCGUUUUCCUAGCUCCUUUGCCUGCUUAUCCAGUGAGAAAGAUGUGCGAGGCGAUUGAUAACUUAUCCGCUGUAAAUGAAACGUUCACUAAGUUGUAUGCAGCAGCUAAUAUCUUCUACAACUAUACUGGGACUGCCACAUGUUUUUUUUUGGAUAAUACUACUGCUCCUCUCGGGGGAUGGGAUUGGCAGGCAUGUACGGAGUUGAUAAUGCCCUUGGGUGCGAACAAUGAGGGGAGCAUGUUUCCCCCUUACAAAUGGAAGCUCAGAGACGUAGAGUUUUACUGCAAACGUGUCUAUCACAUACAGCCAAGACCUCAUUGGAUUACCACUGAGUUUGGUGGCCAUGACAUUAAGAGGGUUCUAAAAAGGUCUGGGAGCAACAUUAUCUUCUUUAAUGGUUUAAGAGACCCUUGGAGCGGUGGAGGGGUGUUGAAGAAUAUUUCAGAAACUAUAGUUGCUAUAGUAGCAAAAGAAGGAGCUCAUCAUGUGGACCUAAGGUUCUCAACUACGGAAGAUCCAGAAUGGCUAAAGGAUAUAAGGAAACGAGAGAUAAAAAUCAUAGCAAACUGGAUCUCUCAAUAUUAUCAAGACCUACUAAAUCAAUGAUGUGUUUUUGCUCAACAUUACUUGGCAUUGGAGAUUCAAGAACCGAUAUUCCUUUUUCAAUGUCAUUGAGAAGAAUAAUUGAAGAUUUGUUUAGGAUUAGAUAGCUGAAGACAAUGCUGCUCAAAGCUCAUGUUUCACUCACAAACUAGUACUUUUAGUUUUGCUUCUAAAGAUUAUAUACAAAACAUUUUUCCAAAAUUGUCUUUGCCUUGUUCACAUUAGCACAAGUCAAUGAUGAAGUCUUAUGAUGUUUUGGAGCAAGCUUCAACACAUGCCUAAGAAUUUCCCCUGAUUAUAGCAUUAUUCCAGCUUCUAGAACACAACAAUAACUCAUUUUACAAUUUCUGUUCAAGUGCAGCUUUUGGUAUUGCAUAAAGUGUAUGCAUGCCUUUUGAAUCAAUUUUCUUCAUUUGUGUACAAGUUAUGUUUCUAGAAAUAGCAUAUUUCAAAUUUU